CGAGCAGAAUGGCACUUGGACAACGUAAUGGCACUGGCUAACGAGACACUGCCACUCACCCUCUACGACGCCUUCGAUGGUAAUAGAUCAGAGGCCAGGCCAUGGUUCCAGCAGGCCGGAGCCUCCGUCACUCCAGCCUGUGGCAGGAAUACCAGUGUUCUACUCUUCUCUGGACAGCAAGCACCUAAAUACGCGGAGACUUGGGAUAUCCAGUCAUCAGAAUCGACAGUCAUCCAGUUCGACAUCCAGGUUGGGUGCAGUGGUCCACCUGCAGCCAGCAGUGUGCACCUGCAGUACUCCACCGACCAUGGCAAGACGUGGAGACUGGUGCGAGAGCUGUGUGCUCCUCCAGAGGUGGAAUGUGAUACCUUCCACCUGCCUACCACAUACAGUGCCGCCGUCACUCCAGGCUGGACCCGCGUCACCACCACCCUGCCUAAGAUCACUGUGUAAGUUCAUCUUUCCACAGUAUGGAGACUACACUACAUUUGCAUGAUCAUAAUACAGAGUGGCUCAGCGCGUGCUUCGAUUAUCAAAAUAUUUUUUUUUGUCA